AUGUUCAAUAAAUAUUAUCUUGAAUGUGCACCAAUCUAUUGUCAUUAUAUUUAUUCACGUCGAUUCGAUUCGAUCUAUGUUAUUUCAACUCUUGUCGCUCUUUUCGGAGGGCUUAGUACAGCAUUACGUCUGGCUAUUCCUUAUUUAAUCAAUCUCAUUUUCUUCUUGAAACAUCGACGAACCAUGACAAGUCAAUCUGAAAGGCAAACAAUUCGAACUCGUCUCAAAAAUGCUGUUCUUAUGAUUGAAAAAACCAUUGAAGAAUUGAAUAUAUUUACAAGUCAGUCGCGUGAUCCAAAUCGUAUUCAUCAUGGUCGUAUUGCCUCUCGAUUGUAUAUAAUCCUGUUUACUGUUUCCAUAAGUGUAUUGAUUGUUUAUACUUUACUAUCAGUUCAAACGAUCAGUCAAACAGUUGAAUCUCCAACACAAGAACAAUACGAAAAAUUAUUCGAACAAUAUAAUCGAACACUGCAGUGUCCAUGUACUGUGGUUUCAAUUCCAUACGAAGAAUUUCUUCAAGUAACACCAACUUAUCAUCAAGUGUGUUCAAGUGAUUUUGUUCAACCAUGGUGGUAUCAACGUUUUUUACCUGUCAGUAGCUCUGAUAUAUCAUUCGGAAAAUCGUCGUAUGGAUUUCGAUCUAAUGAAUCAGUUUCGACGCAAACUUGUUCUAUUAAAUUUGUUUGA